AUGGGAGGUGGUGGUUUCAAAGGAGCAGAUGGUGGUGGUAAAACCUUGGUAAUUGGUAAUUUCAGUGGGGCUAAAGAUAGUGGUUUAAAUCGGGAAGUUGGUAGUUUCACUGGAGCAGGUGUUGGAGUUGUGGGUAUGGAAUCGGGUAAUAUAACAGGAUCAGAUAUUGGAAAUCCAAUCACUGGAACUGGUGAUUCAACAGGAGCAAAUGUUGGAGAUAUAGCCUCAGGAACUGGUAAUUUCACAGGAGCAAGUGUUGGAGAUGUAAUCCUAGGAACCGGUAAUUUCACAGGAGCAGAUGUUGGGGAUGUAAUCUUAGGAACUGGCAACUUGACUGGAGCAGAUGUUGGAGAUGUAGCCUUGGGAACUGGCAAUUUGGCAGGAGCAGAUGUUGGAGAUGUAGCUUUGGGAACCGGUGAUUUUACAGGAGCAGAUUUUGGAGAUGUAGGCUUAGGAACCGGUGUUUUAGUAGGAGCAGAUGUGGGAGAUGUAGUCUUAGGAAGUGGUGAUUUAACAGGAGCAGAUGUUGGAGCUGUGGUUUUUGGAUGUGGUGAUUUAACAGGAGCAGAAGAAGGAGAUGUAGUAGCCUUAGGAACUGGUGAUUUAACAGGAGCAGAUGUCGGAGAUGUAGCCUUAGGAACUGGUGUCUUCACAGGAGCAGAUGAAGUUGGAGAUGCAACUUUAGGAACUGGUGAUUUAACAGGAGAAGUUGCAGGAGAUGUAGUCUUAGGAACUGGUGAUUUAACCGGAGCAGAUGAUGUUGGAGAUGCAACCUUAGGAAGUGGUGAUUUUACAGGAGCAGAAGAUUUUGGAGUUGCUGGUGCUGCAGCAGUUGCAGGUGGUUGA